GGAACUUCCUGCACGUCCAGCUGGAGAUCAUGGUGAAGCUCCCUCCGGCCGAGCCCUCGCCCCACGUGUGGGUCCCUCCCAAGGUCCUGGACAAGCUGGGCUUUGAUGAGGUGUUCCUGAUCAACCUGCGCCGCCGCUCGGCGCGCCGGGCGCGGAUGCUGCGCUCGCUGCACGAGCUGGGCGUCUCCCCCAAGCUGGUGGAGGCCGUGGACGGCCGGGCCCUGAACAGCAGCCAGGUGGAGGCGCUGGGCGUGCGGAUGCUGCCGGGAUACCGGGACCCCUUCCACGGGAGACCCCUGACCCACGGCGAGGUGGGCUGCUUCCUCAGCCACUUCCGGGUCUGGCAAGAGAUCUCGUCGCGGGGCCUGCGGCGCUCGCUGGUGUUCGAGGACGAUCUGCGCUUCGAGGUUUUCUUCCGCAGCCGCCUGACGGAGCUGAUGGAGCAGCUGGAGGAGGCGGCCGUCGACUGGGACCUCAUCUACCUGGGCCGGAAGCGCCUGGAGCCGGAGCGCCCGGAGCGCGGCGUGCCCGGCGUGCGGCAGCUGCUGCGCCCGGGCUACUCCUACUGGAGCCUGGGCUACGCGCUGUCGCUGCGCGGCGCCCGCAAGCUGCUGGCGGCCGAGCCCCUGGGCAAGAUGAUCCCCGUGGACGAGUUCCUGCCCCUCAUGUUCGACCGGCACCCCAGCCCCGAGUACUCCCGGCACUUUUCCCGGCGGGACCUUCUGGCGUUUUCCGUGGAGCCGCUGCUGCUCUUCCCCACGCACUACACGGGGGAGCCCGGCUACGUCAGCGACACCGAGAGCCCCCCGGAGGAACCCCAAAUCUGGGAUCGGGAUGGGAACGAGGAAUUCCCACGGGAAUCCCGGAAUUCCCAACCCCAGAGCCCCCCGGAGGAACCCCAAAUCUGGGAUCGGGAUGGGAACGAGGAAUUCCUGCAGGAAUCCCGGAAUUCCCAGCCCCGGCACGACAGCGACGCCCGCGACGAACUCUGACCCCGAAAUAUCCCCAAAAUUUGGGAUAAUGGGGAAAAAUUCCUGGGGGAAUCCCGGAAUUCCCAACUCCAGAGCCCCCCGAAAUUUGGGAUUUUUGGGGAAAAAUCCCCAGAGGAAUCCUGGAAUUCCCAACCCCGGCACGACAGCGACGCCCGCGACGAGCUCUGACCCCGAAAUUUGGGAUAAUGGGGAGGAAUUCCCAUGGGAAUCCUGGAAUUCCCAACUCCAGAACCCCUCGAAAUUUGGGAUUUUUGGGGAAAAAUCCCCACAGGAAUUUCAGAAUUCCCAACCCCAGCACGACAGCGAUGCCCGUGACGAGCUCUGACCCCAAAAUCCCCAAAAUUUGGGGGAUUUUUAUACCCAAAUAAAGUUUCUAUUUUUAUUUUUAAUCCCGGUUUGGAG